UUUUCACAGAAACUCACAUCAUCCUUUUUAUGUUGUUGCUUUGAGCGAUCGUGUGCUUUCCCUCAUUUGAGGUUAUUCCGGAUAGUUCUUUACGUUCUCUCGCUGUUCUUGCUCUUUACUUGCAACUAUGGCUGACCAGGAAACGGCUGUGAGCUUCAAAUGUGUUCUUGUGGGUGAUGGUGGUACUGGCAAGACCACCUUUGUCAAGCGCCAUUUGACUGGCGAAUUUGAGAAGAAAUAUGUCGCUACUCUUGGCGUGGAAGUUCAUCCACUCGACUUCUGCACAAACCGUGGCAAGAUCUGCUUUAACGUAUGGGACACAGCAGGUCAGGAGAAGUUUGGCGGCCUCCGCGAUGGCUACUACAUCCAGGCCCACUGCGCUAUCAUCAUGUUUGACGUGACGUCACGUAUCACCUACAAGAACGUGCCCAACUGGCAUCGUGACCUGGUCCGCGUGUGUGAAAACGUGCCCAUCGUACUGUGCGGAAACAAGGUGGAUAUCAAGGACCGUAAGGUCAAGGCCAGAAGUAUUGUCUUCCAUCGCAAGAAGAAUCUGCAGUACUAUGACGUGAGCGCAAAGUCCAACUACAACUUUGAGAAGCCCUUCCUGUGGCUGGCACGGAAGCUCGUCGGUGACCCCAACCUGGAGCUGGUUGCCAUGCCUGCCACAGCGCCUCCGGAGAUCACCAUGGACCCAUCGAUGGUAGCCAAGUAUGAGGCGGAUCUGAUGCAGGCUGAACAGACAGCGCUACCCGACGACGACGAUGACUUGUAAAUGCAUUUUUAACUCACAGGCAAUAGAACACCGAAAUAGAAAAGGCCGUCAUUGCCAUGGCAAUUCAACUACAAUUGCUUCUUCUGUAUCCGUUUCCGCUGGCAUGCAUGUGCAGUCCUGCCCUUAUAACAAUACAGUCGACCUAACCUUAUAACGAUAUUUGCGUCAGACCAAGAAAUAGAGGUAAGCCAUUGUAUACAAGAGUCAAUGGAGUGAUUUGGUUUGGCAGAAAAAUAUCGUUAUAGAGGUUAUCGUUGUAAGGGUAGGUCGACUGUAUUGGCAUCAAGCCAAGAAAUAGCGUUAUAAGACCCACCUGGACAGUGGACUCUGCAUAUUCUCUGCUUGUACAGCCGUGGCCACAGAAAUCCAACCCACGUGCCGAAAGCAGCGCCAAGGCUCGUGCUGCCCUCGGAUCGGCGGAUUUCUUUGGCCACAGCUGUAGUUAUUCUUGCUCCGUUGACUCAACUACAAUUGCUUCUGUAUCCAUUUCCACUAACGUGCAUAUGCUGUCGACUUGCCCUUAUAACGAUAUUUCCAUCAAACCAUGACAUUUCGUUAUAAGUCCUGCCUAGCGCCUGGGCAGUGAAUUCUGCAUACUCUGCUUGUAGUGUUUGUUACUUCAUUCAAAUAUAAUUUAUAAGAACAAAAAUGGAAAACGUCGGCUGGUCAACCUA